GGUCCGUGGGGGGCUAUGGCGGUCAUGCUCCCGUCCCGGGCCGCGCUGCGGGCCUCAGGGCUCCUCCGCUCGGCAGCCACCGCACCCCGCACCGGGGCCGCCUGCAGAGCAUGCUGCGGGCCGGGGGAGCGGCCGGUGAGACGCGGGACAGCGCUGCCCGCGGGGCCGGACCUGAGGCACUUCCUGAGGGGCUCCGACAGGGGGGAGCCGCCCCCCGGGCAGCAGCCGCCCCCCGGUUCUGCCCCCGGGACCGGGAAAGUGUACCUGGAGACCUAUGGCUGCCAGAUGAAUGUCAACGACACAGAGAUUGCCUGGAGCAUCCUGCAGAGGAAUGGCUACACCAGGACAAAGGACCCGGAGGAGGCAGAUGUGAUCCUGCUCCUCACCUGCUCUGUCAGGGAGAAGGCAGAGCGGGGAAUCUGGACCCGCCUGGGGCAGCUGAAGGCGCUGAAGGGGCGGAGGCAGCGGGCGGGCGUUCCCCUGCGCAUCGGCAUCCUCGGAUGCAUGGCCGAGAGGCUGAAGGAGGAGAUCCUGCACAGGGAGAAGUUGGUGGACGUGGUGGCGGGGCCCGAUGCCUACCGGGACCUUCCCCGGCUGCUGGCUGUGGCUGAGUCUGGCCAGCAAGCUGCCAACGUCCUCCUCUCACUAGAUGAGACCUAUGCAGAUAUCCUGCCUGUCCAGACGAGUGCAGGUGGCACCACAGCAUUUGUCUCCAUCAUGCGUGGCUGUGACAACAUGUGCAGCUACUGCAUCGUCCCCUUCACCCGUGGCCGGGAGCGGAGCCGCCCCAUCGCCUCCAUCCUGCAGGAAGUGAGGAUGCUCUCGGAUCAGGGAGUGAAGGAAGUGACCCUUUUGGGUCAGAAUGUCAACAGCUUUCGAGACAUGUCUGAGGUGCAGUUCCAGUCAGCUGCUGCCCCAGCCCUCAGUCAUGGCUUCAGCACAAUCUACAGAGCCAAGCCCGGGGGCUUGCGCUUUGCACACCUGCUGGACCAGGUUUCUAGGAUUGAUCCAGAAAUGAGGAUCCGUUUCACCUCUCCACACCCCAAGGAUUUUCCUGAUGAGGUCCUGCAGCUCAUCCAGGAGCGACACAACAUCUGCAAACAGCUGCACCUCCCAGCCCAGAGUGGGAGCACACGGGUGCUGGAGGCCAUGCGCCGAGGGUACACGAGAGAAGCAUAUUUAGAGCUUGUGCACCACGUGCGUGAGUCCAUCCCAGGGGUGAGCUUAAGCAGUGAUUUUAUUGCUGGCUUCUGUGGGGAGACAGAAGAAGAUCACCAGCAGACUGUGUCCUUGCUGCGGGAGGUGCGUUACAACGUGGGGUUCCUGUUUGCCUACAGCAUGAGACAGAAAACCCGGGCCCAUCACCGCCUGCAGGACGAUGUCCCCGCGGCCGUGAAGCGGCGGCGCCUGGAGGAGCUGAUUGCUGUGUGCAGGGAGGAGGCUGCCAGGCUGAAUCAGGACAUGGUGGGACAGUCCCAGGUGGUGCUGGUGGAGGGGCCCAGCAAGCGCUCUGCCUCCGAGCUGUGUGGGAGGAAUGAUGGCAACACCAAGGUGAUCUUCCCUGAUGCUGAGAUGGAGGAUGCUGCGGGCUGCAGGGCGCUGGUCAGAGCCCAGCCAGGGGACUACGUGCUGGUGAAGGUGACCUCUGCCAGCUCUCAGACCCUCAGGGGUGUUGCGCUCUCUCGCACUGCCCUCUCCCACUCUGCACCUUCUCACUGAGCUGUCUGCUGGGGAAGAGGUGGGCAGAAGCAGCAUGUUUUGUCCAGGAGGAAACAAGAAGUUUUGUCAGGUGGAGAUGGGGUGUAGACAGGGAGAUGUGUGUAUAUGAAAAUAUAUAUUUAAAUAAUAAAAUAGAUUCCUGUUUUGGUAACAACUCGUCCCCCAUAGAU